AUGUUUCCGUCCUUUACAGGCAGCACACGGCCCAAGCGACAGGUGAACCUCUCAGGUCGUAACAACAAUCCUUUCGCUGCGUUACCUGGCUCUCGAACCUCCUCAUCCCCGCAGACCGCGCAAAAUGCGCUCGCUCAAGCUCAGCAUGAGCGGAUGUUGAGACAGCAAGAGAGGGAACGUCCACCUGCGGCGACUAAAAUUCAGAAGACAUGGAGAGGGCACAAGGGGCGAAAGCAGGCCAAGGUCAUUUGGAGGCAAGAGUGGGACAACAGAGAAGGGUGGGAAUCUAGAGGACCUUCGGAGACCCGUGGAUCUCUAUCCCAGCUUGCUGCGCCGGCUGCUUACGCUUCGGAAGAUGAGUGUUUCGGCUCGCUCAGACUGCUCGUACAGUUUGCUUCGCUGAGGAACGAGCUUGAUAUCCAGCGCCUUGAUCGUUUCACAACCAGAUACCUCCAGUCCCUUCAAAUGCAGCCAUGUGGGUAUCCGGCAAACGUAUGGACAUACCCUUUGCUACGUCUGGCGAAAUUGUCUCUAGCAACACUGAGUGCGAAGCGGACUCCUCCGUUAUCUACUUGCACCGUGGACAACUUGAUAGCUCUUCUCAAUGUUGUGGCUACUGCUAUCCCGAGACAGCUCGCUUCUUACUCGCAUCAGUAUUUUCGGACGCUAGCCGAAGCAGGAAUCGGCCGUCGAUGCUCCAAUUCACCCUCGAUAGAGUCAGCAGCUCUUGCACUACUCCAGCCGACCAGUGACAGAACCGAACAAUGCUACGAAGGUUUUGUGUCUGAAUUUCUGGCCACACCAGAUCUUCCUGCAGUGUUCGGUGGCCUGGAAGGAUUUGGUCGUGGAAUACGAUACCAUACGUUGGCUGAUGUACUGAAUAAAGUUCUGUCACCCUCAUCACACGACGAUAUACUACAGCUUAAAAGCCGGGAAAGUCUUCUUUGGCUACUGGCCUACUUCAUAUAUUUUCGCCGGUUGGCCUACUCUGACCAGCAAAAGUCUACAGACUCGCCGGAUGUGCAAUAUGUUAAGAUUGUAUCAAGACUAAUAUCAUUCCUAGCAGACGACAUCGGCUCACGGAUAGAAGUGUCCAAUCGGCUACCUUCGUCUGGUAGCAGCAUCUCCACUCCUGCAGCAAGUCCUGUUGAACCAUUGCCAUCCUUUGUGAGCUCCGAGAUAUUAACCCUGAUAAAUCAGCAGAACGUAAGCAGCCUUCUUGCAAAUUUUGACGUGGUGCCCGCUUCAAGUGAGGGUGUGUCGGGUACGCCCAGUGAGGCAUCUGCGCUGGCAAGUUAUGCCUUAACUCUGCUGAGAGCCUUUCCACGUCGUGGGGACGAGAUACGGAUGUGGCUCUUCCGUGGUUCAACAGCAAGAGGGUCCAGCCAGGCAAGUCACGCUGCAGAGCCACUCCCGGCUAUAAAGUACUUCUACCAGGUUGCAAGCAAAAGCAAGAUUUACCAAAUGAUCAGCAAGGACCCUCGGGAAACAGUAAGCAUGUUGAGGCCAGAUAAGCCUCAGAUCCGAGAAAACAAACCAUCAUAUUCUAUUGCAGACGAGUCCCGAGAUCAGCAAUGGCGUGUGAUCCUCCUCUUCCUGGAGCUGUACACAUUUGUCCUUAAAAUAAUGGAUGACGAAGAAUUCCUUGCUGGCACUUCUGCAUAUAAUGACCAAUGGUCGUGGACAAGGAAGAGCGCUUUACCACUCGAUCAAGUCAAAGAGCUGACCAGUUUCCUUAAGAACCUCUCAUUCUCUAUGUACUGGAACGCUUCAGAAAUUGCCGGAAUUGAGGCAGCAGAAGUCAAGACGAGCCUUGCAGAGUACUUUGGCGGCAACAAAGCAGCACAGAAUGAAUAUCGACAAGACGAAGGUUCAGCCAAAUUGCAAGAAAUGUCAAUUGCCGGUGUAAGUGGCAUGACUCUAGUCUAUAUGAAAGGUCUGGUCACUGGUGUACUCCGCAUGGUAUACGAGCGAGACUCUCGUCGAAAGUUCCUACCCAGAGACCAUUGGUUGAUGACAAAGUAUUUCGAGAUGGACCGAUUUAUUUCUGCCGUGGUAGAAGAGGAGGAACAUAGACAUCAGAUACAGGAGUCUUACGAAUCUUAUGAGGCCGAUGGCAAUAGUCAGGGCGGAGGGGAUGUUGACAUGGACGAUGAUGACGAUGAUGACGAUGGGCUCGCCCUCAUUGGUAAUUCACACGUACAGCAAGUCCGGCGUGCAGAGCGCUUGAAAAGGCAGCAGCGGAAGACCUCAAGGAGAAAGCAGCUCGAGUCUGUUGCACCGAGACUGGAGAUUCUACAGAACAUGCCCUUUUUCAUACCUUUCGCUACUCGUGUUCAAAUCUUCCGCCAUUUUGUUGCCCUGGACCAGCACCGAAGAAGGGGCACGUCAGAUCCCGACAUGUGGAGGUUUGCGCAGAUGAACUCCGCAGCUGGAGAUAUAAGCAAACACCGCGCCAAGGUUCGAAGAGAGCACAUCUUCGAAGACGCAUAUGCUCAGUUCUAUGACCUAGGUGAAGGCCUCAAAGAACCGAUUCAGAUCCGAUUCGUGGACAAGUUCGAUACCAUUGAGGAGGGCAUCGACGGCGGCGGUGUGACAAAAGAAUUCCUCACCAGUGUGACCAACGAAGCUUUUGGCGCUGUCAAUGGUAUGGAAGCACUGUUCAUCGAGAACGAUCAGCACCUGCUCUAUCCAAACCCUUCUGCUGUGGAAGAGCGGAAAGCGACCCUUCAGCAAGCCAUGUACAAGGAAGGCUCCCUGGACUGGAACGAAAAUAUAAGAGACUUACUACGAAGAUACGAAUUUCUGGGACGCAUCAUUGGUAAAUGCCUUUACGAAGGCAUUCUGGUCGAUAUACAUUUUGCACCUUUCUUUCUUCUGAAAUGGGCCCUAACUGGAGGCUCUGGGUCUGCAACCAAAGAAUCAGGCUAUCGUGCCAAUCUCAAUGACCUGAGAGACCUUGAUGAAGGGCUCUACGAAGGACUGCUGCAACUGAAGAACUACCCGGGAGAUGUUGAAGACUUCUCCCUCAACUUUGCCGUAACGGACACCAUCCGUACCUCCCCCACAGAGACCAAACAGAUCACCCAUGAACUCCGUCCCUCAGGAGUUUCUAUCUCCGUCACCAAUGAGAAUCGCCUAGUCUACAUCUCCUACAUGGCUCGUCAUCGCCUCCAAAUCCAACCACAUCUCCAGACCUCAGCUUUCCUCCGUGGCCUCGGCACCAUCAUCUCCCCGUCCUGGCUGAGCAUGUUCAACCAGUCUGAGCUGCAAACCCUUGUUGGUGGCGCUAGCUCCGAGAUCUCUGUCUCUGAUCUCAGAGCCAAUACACAAUACGGAGGUCUCUAUGCCAUUGGAGAUGACGGUGCCGAACAUCCUUGCGUACAGAUGUUCUGGAAAGUCCUGCAAAGUCUUGAAGAUAGUGACAGGAAGAAGGUGCUGAAGUUUGUGACUAGCACGCCUCGAGCGCCGUUGCUUGGAUUCGGCAAUCUGAACCCGAAGUUUAGUAUCCGAGACAGCGGAAGCGAUCAGACGCGGCUACCGAGUACGAGCACGUGCGUCAAUCUGCUGAAGCUGCCAGUGUAUAGGGAAGAAAAGGUUUUGAGGGAGAGAUUGUUGUAUAGUGUGAAUGCUGGAGCUGGAUUUAACCUGAGCUAA